GGGUUCUUAAAGCUUAUAAAAGGGGCUAAAGAGAUACUAUAUAAAAAUAUCCUUAUUAAGGCCUGCGUGCGAGAGCUUGAAGAGCAAUUAGCAGUAAUAACUAAGAGAAAAUUGUGUAAGAGAAAGCAGAUUCAGCAUAGUGGCAUACUUGAGUAUGGCCUAGCAGCAUCGCGGGUAGCUGCUGAGGCGUGUGUAUCAACUGUUCAGCGCUGUAGGAACUAUAGCAAGACUGGACACAACGCACAAACGUGCCAGGAGGGUGCAGAAACAUCUUCUAAAUCUAACGCAAGCACGCAGUAUGCUAGGUUACUAUUUAAUAGCAAGUAG